AUGGCUCCGUCCACCUUCAAGGGACUCGUGGUCGUCGCAAGUGGGACCUUUCCGGGGUACAAGCAAGCCGACCUGAAGAAAAUCGUCGAGGAUAACGGCGGUUGUUUCAGCUCCAAAGUCACGGAUGAAUGCACCCAUUUGGUGUCUACUCAGAAAGAGGUGGAUAACAAUGGGACAAAAAUAUCCCUCGACUGGCUGCUAGAUUCAGAAAAGGCCAAAAAACGACUUUCCGAAAAGAAGUAUCUCUUUGGCCCGACCAAGGAUGUCAAGGAUGCUUCUGAUGCUGAUGCCUCCAAAAAUGAGAACGGCUCGUCCAAGAAACGUUCCCUCGCAGACACCUUUGACGGGGAUGAGCAACUUCCCAACAAGAAGCAAAGGGACAGACAGAAAGCCAAGUCGAAAGAUUUGAAGGUGGAAGUCGACGAAUGUUUCCGAUUUCACAAUGGAGGAGUUGAAGUCUAUAUCGACGAUUCUGGACUCAUCUGGGAUGCCACGCUCAACCAGACCAAUGCAGCCUAUAACAACAACAAGUUCUACCGUAUCCAGCUGCUUAAGAAUAAAUUUUCUGACGAAUACAACACUUGGACUCGAUGGGGCCGUGUGGGGGAAGAUGGCCAGAGCGCCCUGUUAGGAAAUAAUACUUUGGACAUGGCCAAACGCCAUUUCGAGAAGAAGUUCCGAGAUAAAACAGGCCUUAGUUGGGCCGACCGGCUGGCGCCUCCAAAGAGCGGCAAGUACGCUUUUGUUGAACGCAAUUACGAAGAGUCCGACUCGGAAGACGAGAAGGCCACGAAGAAGAAAGCUAAAAAGGAAACAGAGGAGGAACGCAAGCAUGUCGAGAGCAAGCUUCCCGAAAAGGUCCAGCAGCUCAUUGCCUUCAUCUUCAACCAGCAGUAUUUCCAUAACGCGAUGGCCCAGAUGUCAUAUGAUGCCAACAAGCUCCCUCUGGGGAAGUUAAGCAAGCGGACGCUGCAGACUGGCUUCCAGAUCCUGAAGGAUCUGUCUGAGCUGAUUAACGACCAGUCUCUAGCGACGUCCAAAUAUGGUAAGUCGUAUUUGGCGGCCACGGAGGAACUCAGCAAUCGAUACUUUACCAUUAUCCCUCACGAUUUUGGGCGCAAUCGGCCUCCUGUGAUCAACACGCCAAACUUGAUCAAGAAAGAGGUCGAUCUAUUGGAGAGCCUGACGGACAUGGAGAUUGCCAACAGCAUUGUCAAGGAGUCCAAGGAUGAUGAAAUGGUUCAUGUUCUGGAUCGGCAGUUCCAGGGACUGAAGUUGCGGGAAAUGACUCCACUGGAUCACAAAUCCACUGAAUUCCAAGAAUUGGAGGACUAUCUAAUGAAGUCGCACGGAUCCACUCACCAUAUCCGUUUCAAAGUGCAAGACAUCUUCCGCAUUGAGCGCGAGGGAGAGAAUGAGCGUUUCAUGAAGUCGCCGUAUGCGAAUAUUAAGAACAGCAACCGCCGUCUGCUGUGGCACGGCUCCCGAAGCACCAAUUACGGAGGAAUCCUGAGUCAGGGGCUGCGUAUUGCCCCUCCGGAGGCGCCUGUCACUGGCUACAUGUUCGGCAAGGGAGUGUAUUUUGCCGAUAUCUCAAGCAAGUCAGCCAACUACUGUUGGGCGUCACAAAGCGGAAAGAUUGGACUGCUCCUGCUCUGCGAUGUCGAACUGGGCGAUCCAAUGCUGGAACUCGACCAAGCAAACUACAACGCCGGCGAGGAUGCCAAAGCUCAAGGUUGUCUGGCGACGCUCGGCCGGGGAUCUCUUGUGCCGCAGGGUUGGAAAGAUGCGGGCUGCGUGCAUCCGAACCUGAAAGGGGUGCUGAUGCCCGACACUUCUGUCCCUCCAGGACCGUCGGGAAACAAUGGAUCGUUGAUAUAUAAUGAGUACAUCGUCUACGAUGUGGCUCAGAUCCGCCAGAGAAAUAGGGUCCUUCCCCUUUAUCUAGGUAGACUUGGGCAACUGUGUAACGGAGGAUGUCUCGGUCUCAUUUUCUGGGAAAUACCUGGCAAAUCAUACUUCGUCACUGCAAGGGGCACAGAGCAGGUACCAAUCUGCGCAGGGUUGGGUACACAAGCCCUAGCUGCCGCAGUUGCCGAAUUGGGCUCCAUUGUUGCUGCUGGCCUAGCGGGUGCCGUGCUGGCCCAGUACUUCCCCCCAAGCCCCGAAGGUCUCACGGUCGUAAAGUCCAACGUGACCAAGGGUGUGUCCAUCUCAUAUAAAGAGCCCACUCAGCCAGGGAUUUGUGAAACCACUGAAGGGGUCAAAUCAUAUUCUGGCUACGUGAGCCUUCCCAACAACACUCUGGCCAACGUUGGCGUAGAUCAGCCGUAUCCCAUCAACAUCUUUUUCUGGUUCUUCGAGUCUCGCCACGACCCAGCUAAUUCGCCGCUGUCGAUCUGGAUGAAUGGCGGCCCCGGCGCGUCCUCACUGAUGGGCCUGUUCCAGGAAAACGGACCCUGCAAGGUCAAUCCGGACUCGAAUUCGACCUAUUUAAAUCCGUUUUCCUGGAACAACUAUGCCAACAUCUUGUACAUCGACCAGCCCAACCAGGUUGGUUUCAGCUAUGACGUGCCUAUGAAUGGUACUUACGACCAAGUGUCCAGCCUGCAGCUAGUGGAUGAUUUCCCCGAUGGAAGUGUUCCCACGCAGAACAACACGUUCUACGUCGGCACGUUUCCUAGCAUGAAUUAUAAAACCACCGCCAACGGAACUGAGAAUGCUGCUAGAGCCUUCUGGGAGUUUGCUCAGAUCUGGUUUACCGAGUUUCCCGAGUACAAGCCCAACGACGAUCGCGUUAGCAUCUGGGCCGAGUCCUACGGCGGCCACUAUGGACCGUCCUUCACAGCCUUCUUCCAAGAGCAGAACGAGAAGAUUGCGAACGGAACCCUCCAGGCGGAUGGCGAGCUGCACUACAUCCACUUGGACACACUCGGCAUUAUAAAUGGGUGUAUAGACCGCCUGAUGCAGGACUGGUCGUACCCGCAGAUUGCCUACAACAACACUUACUACAUCGAAGCGAUGAGCGAAAUACUCUACAUUACAACCAUGGAUGCUUGGAACAGGCCAGGCGGGUGCAAGGACCUCCUCAAGCAUUGUCGUGCUCUGGCUGCCGAGAACGACCCCAAUGCCUUCGGAAAUAAUGCAACCGUCAAUGAUGCGUGCGCCUACGCGGCCAUCUGGUGCACGACGAAUGUGGAAGGUCCUUACGUCGAAAACUCGGACAGGUCGUACUAUGACAUAGCGCACCCCUCUCGUGACCCGUUUCCUCCUUCAUACUUCCUGGGUUUCUUGAACCGGCACUGGGUUCAGGGUGCUCUUGGUGUUCCCAUCAACUUUACAGAGGAAAUCCCCAGCGUAUAUAGCGCAUUCGGGCUCACGGGUGACAUCGCCCGGCCCGAUCUCCUAGGCUACCUAGACGAUCUGGCAUACAUAUUGGAGUCUGGGAUCAAGGUGACCCUGGUCUACGGGGACCGCGACUACGCAUGCAACUGGAUUGGUGGAGAGAAAGUCAGCCUCGAGGUCAACUACACGGGUGCAGACAACUUCCGUUCCGCAGGCUAUGCGAACCUCCAGACCAACUCGUCCUACGUGGGUGGCCAGGUGCGCCAGUACGGCAACUUCUCCUUCACGCGCGUCUACGAAGCAGGCCACCAAGUCCCAGCGUACCAGCCCGAGACGGCGUAUCAAAUCUUCAACCGGUCGCUCUCGAAUCUGGAUAUCGCAACGGGGAAGAUCUCGACGAUCGAGAAUCCCACCUACAAGACGGAAGGCCCGUCUACAACAUGGGACAUCAAGAACGAAAUUCCUCCAAUGCCAGCUCCCACCUGCUACAUCUUGGCUCUUAAGGAAACCUGCACUGACGACCAGGCUCAGAGCGUCAUUAACGGCUCCGCGCUGGUCCGCGACUACAUCGUGGUGGAUGGGAACUCGCAAGACCUGUUCUUCCCCAACGGCACGGUCAAGCGGGUUGACAUUCCUCACUUAUUUCAGCUUUAG